AUAAAUAUAUAUAUAGAUAUAUAUCUUUUAAAGAUAGAUAUUAAUAACAUACUGAUUUGUUGCCAAAAGACUAAGAUUUCAGAAUUUGUGUAUAUAUAGAGCUUUAAAUCUUGACAACUACUCCAAAACAUCCAAACAAAAAGGAUUCACAAGACAUUAGUAAUGGUUUUUCGAAGAUCUCCAUGUGUUUUCAUUGCAGUUUCUAUCAUUGCAAUGCUAAUCACAGGUGUAAGACCAGAUCCAAUAACGGAUUUUUGUCCAGGGGUAUGUUCUGUGGCAGCAGUACCAGACUGCGACACACUGUGCAUUAGCUUAGGGUAUCCAGGAGGUUAUUGUCGAGCAUUAAGGAGGUGUUGUUGUAAUCCAAAAUCUUCCAAAUCCUCAAUUGUUCCUCCUAUUUAAGUUUUGUUUCGUUAUCCUUGGUUACUCUUUUAUCCUUUUUAAUAAAUAAACAGUAAUAAACAAACUUAGACUU